UCUCAUCUCUCUGUGUACCUUCCACACUGGUCCUGGCAGCUACGUCAUUUCACCAAGGAGGACAGACUCUGAGAGAGAGAGAGAAAGAGAGAGAGAGAGAGAGAGAGAGAGAAAAAAGGAGGACAGACUCUGGUGCCUUUAAAGGAUGCGGGUUGGGAUUCCAGCGCUCCUCUCCGCUCAGUAGAUCUCUGACUCCGAUGAUAGGCACCAGCAUUUCAGGAGGCAGUCUUCUUUCUCACUCUCUCUCUCACUCACUCUCUCUCUCUCUGUCUCUCUCUCUCUAUCUCUCUCACUCUCUCACACUCCCUCUCUCGCUCUCACUCUCACCGUGCAUGGGCAGUGGCAGUAUUGACCGAGUGAUCAUGCAUUGUCGCGAGCGUCUGGUCAGAGGUGUUUGGGGGGGAAAGGAGAGUGUCUCCUGGCUGCAUGGGUGUUUUUGAAAGUGGGAUCUUUUUUACCAUGUGAGAGGACUCAAGAGGCAAGGUUCAGAGGCAAGAAUGGAUGACAAGUAUACCUCUAAAUUAUCCCCUGCUGUUGACUAUGCUGCAGGUGUAUACCUCGUGAUUAUAGCUGUGCUGUCUAUCCUGGGCAAUGCUGCUGUGCUCAUUACUGCCGCCCAGCGCAAGAAGCGACUCAAAGCCCCCGAGCUGCUCUCCAUCAACCUGGCUGUGACCGACAUAGGGAUGGCCCUGAGCAUGUACCCGCUGUCCAUCUCGUCAGCCUUCAACCAUGCCUGGAUCGGCGGCGACCCCACCUGCCUCUACUACGGCCUGAUGGGAAUGAUCUUCAGUGUGGCCAGCAUCAUGACUCUGGCCGUCAUGGGACUGGUCAGAUACCUGGUGGCUGGUGCCACCCCCGAAUCAGGUAAUAGGUUCCAACGCAGCACCAUCGGCAUGUUCAUCACCCUCAUCUGGCUCUAUGCCCUGCUAUGGGCGGCCUGCCCCCUGCUGGGCUGGGGUGGAUAUGGCCCUGAGCCGUACGGUAUGGCCUGCUCGGUGGACUGGGCCGGCUACCAGAACUCGCUCAACGACUCCACCUUCAUCAUGGCCUUGGCGGUGCUCUGCACCAUCCUGCCGUGCGUGGCCAUCGUCUCAUCUUACUUAGGCAUCACUUGGAAGCUGCACAAGGCCUACCAGACCAUCCAGAACAACGACCGCUUGCCCACCUUUGGCAACGUGGAGAAGAAGGUCAUGCUGAUGGCUAUCUUGGUCAGCGCUGGCUUCAUGGUGUCCUGGACACCCUACGUGGCGGUCAGUCUCUGGACCAUGUUCCACGCCGGGGGCAAGGACAGCGUGACGCCGCUCGUCAGCCUGCUGCCGUGCCUGUUCGCCAAGGGCGCCACCGCCUACAACCCGCUCAUCUACUACGUCUUCCGCAAGUCUUUUCGCCGCGAGUUCCGAGAGCUGUGUUGCCCGCGCUGCCUGCGGACCGACUUGACCCACGACGACAACGGUGACACUUAUGAUGACAACCUCCGGUGGCAGAGCUCCACGGCGCAUAACACUGGCCGGAACAUCCGGAGCGCAACAACACUGGUGUCCCACUCAACCCCCCGCCACCCAGACUACCCGACAGGGAACAGAUGAGCUCCGGCUGACUGAUGGGAUGGAGCUAGAAUAGACUACUGCAGACACACACACACACACACACACACAAACACUCACGUGUACGUACACGCACACACACACAUGCUCUGAAGACAGGAUUUGUGUCGCACCUAUUUGGAUAUAUAGAUAUGAAUAUUUUUGUACUGAAUGUGUGCACAGUGUAUGUGUAUGUCAGUUUGUGUCUGUACAGCCGUGUACAACAACAUGUCAUUGAAGCUCUAUUGUGAUGGAAAUGUGCAUUUUAAUGAUGUCUUGAAUUGUGAGUGUGUAUGUGUGUGUGUGUGUGUGUGUGUGUGUGUGUGUGUGUGUGUGUGUGUGUGUAUGUGUGUGUGUGUGUGUGUGUGUGUGUGUGCGUGCUGACGUCACAGUCUUCUUCACAAUCUUAUCAAUGCAGCAGUUUUUCAUGGCUUACUACCAGAAAUAUUCCUUUUGACUACAUGCCCAAGUACACGAAAAUACAUCGCUUAUCAUUUUGUUUGUUUGUUUACGCUGUAGUUCCAGACUGAAGAAUUAUAAUUUCCACAUUAAAGUUGCAAAUUAAAGCUCCCACAAUGGCCAAAGGAAAGUGUUUUGCACACAAAUUAAUAUCCGCAUCCUAGCAAUUUAUAGGACAGCCAUUGAUAAACGAGAAUGCUGUUGGUGAGCAGUGUAGAGCAGAAUUGCUGAAAGUGUAAUAAACUAACAGAUUCAAAAAAAAUUCUAAUAAUUUAAGAUUUAUUUUUGGGCUUUUUGCCUUUAAUUCGAUAGGAAAGUGAAGAGAAAGGAAGUGAGCUGGAGAGAGAUUGGUAGUGGGAUCGGAACAUGACCCCGAGUCGGACUCGGACCCGGGUCCCCAUGGGCGUUCAGGCCCAUCCAUGGUACGGGGCUGCUGCUUGCGCCACAGCCCCCCUACCAAUUUUACAGAUAACAUCCCAUCCCGUCCCAUCCCAUGGGACAGAGAGUCUGAACAAACGAUGGAUGGACAAACAAUUAAGCUCAAUUCACUGUACUAUUUUAACAUUCAUUAGUGCAUAACAAAAAUUAAAAAUAUUAU